AUGCCGGAGCCCGGGCCGCGGGCCGCGCCGCCCUACGCGGAGGGAGAGGCCGGGCCCAGCACGAGCAUCCCGCGGGGCCGCCGCCGCCGCACGGCCCGGCCCGCCGCCGGGAGCCCAGAGGCGGCGGCCGCCCGCCCACCCGCGGCUCGGCCCGUGCGUCGCCGGCCGCGCGGGACCCGCCUCAGCAGCCCCGAGCCGAGCGCGGCCUCCGGGGCGCCGUCGUCGCCGCCGCCAUCUUGGGACGCCGGCCGGGAGCCCAUGAUCACGCCCUUGACCUUCCAUGCCGCCCAUAAGCCCAUGGUCACGCCCUUGACCUUCCGUGCUGCCCCCAACGGCUGCCCCGACUUUCUGCUUCGGGAGCCCCCGGGGCUGGCCGAGGCCUCGGCACCGUCCACUUCUCGCAUCCUCCUAGCGAGUGUUUGA